ACUCCAGGCUCGCAAUCCACCGACCUGGAGCUCACGGCCUCCGCCCUCCUGGCCCAUCGGCCCCCACCCGACCCCACCCGACCCCACCCGACCCAGGCCGGUUCCGGUCACGCCGGAAGCACGUGGCCCCCCCACCCCGCGGCGUUGCCCGGAGACCAGGGUUGUUUACCAGCGGGACAGAGCCGGGCGCAGGCGGCGGAUGGAGCGGAACGGCUAGGGGUCUUGAGAAGCAAUGGCCACAGAAGCCCCUGUGAAUAUAGCACCGCCUGAGUGUAGCACUGUUGUCAGCACAGCAGUUGACAACCUCAUUUGGCAGCCAAACUCACUAAAUAUGCACAUGAUAAGGCCCAAGUCCGCCAAGGGACGGACAAGACCGAGUCUGCAGAAAUCCCAGGGCGCGGAGGUGUGCGCUCAUCAUAUACCAUCUCCGCCUCCAGCCAUUCCCUAUGAGUCGCCAAGCAGCCAAAAACCAGGAGCCUGUGCACCCAAAUCUCCAAACCAGGGAGCUUCUGAUGAGAUCCCUGAGCUGCUGCAGCAAGUACCCAUUGGGGCGUCCUCUUCUCUCAAUAAGUAUCCAGUCCUUCCUUCCAUCAACAGAAAGAACCUGGAGGAGGAGGCUGUGGAAACCGUUGCCAAAAAGGCCAGCUCACUGCAACUGAGCAGUAUCCGGGCUCUUUACCAAGAGGAGACGGGCACCAUGAAGACAAGUGAAGAAGAUUCCAGAGCUCGAGCUUGUGCCGUGGAGAGGAAAUUCAUCGUCCGAACCAAGAAACAGGGCUCUUCCAGGGCUGGAAAUCUGGAGGAACCAUCGGACCAAGAACCAAGGUUGCUGCUUGCUGUCAGAUCACCAACAGGCCAAAGGUUUGUACGCCAUUUCCGGCCAACAGAUGAUUUGCAAACCAUUGUUGCUGUGGCCGAACAGAAAAACAAAACCUCCUACCGACACUGCAGCAUUGAAACAAUGGAGGUGCCCAGGAGGCGAUUUUCUGACCUCACCAAAUCUCUGCAAGAGUGCAGAAUCCCCCACAAGUCUGUGCUGGGCAUCUCACUGGAAGAUGGGGAAGGGUGGCCCUGAGUCCACAGCCACCCAGCUGAGGUCCUGGGUCUCUGAGCAAAGGAGCAUGCUUGGGCAUCGUGGCUCCUAGGCAGCCUGUUUCAAGUGCCAUGUGGACCUGGUGCAGCUGGGAAGCUUGGGACUCUCGUCUGCACUGUGUGUCCUCUGAAGCAGUGAAGUCUGUGCCUGCGCCGAGUGCGCUAAGAAGCCUCCCUUCCAGCUGUUCCAUUCUCUCCACCACCAGCGUAACUGGCAAGUUACCAAGGUUGUUCCUGAAACAGCAGUGAUCAUGACUUCUCCUUUCCAGAGUUUUGGGUCCUUCUGAACUAACGGUCCUUUUGGAACACCAGCUUGCCUUUACAGUGAACUGUGAUUCUCUUGAAGCCAAUGCUUUCCUGUCUGUAUUUGAUGCAGGAUUAAACACUUCCCAGAGAGGAUUCUAGUCUGGUAAAUAACCACGGUGUAGGAACUAUCUAACUGGCAUCUGUGUUUCUUGCGAGUAUUUUAAAGAAACAGGCCGUUGACCCCGUCUUUGGAAGUAGCCCUUUGCCAUGCAUGGUCAGUUUCUUAGGGAUUUACUAUUUGUGUGAGGUGGCAUCUAAGGGAAGAAUGGGUCUUCUUCCCCAAAACAUCAGCAUUUCUAAAAUAGUCCUAAAGCUUGAAAGUAAGUUGCUUCCAUGAGCAUGGAUUACCCAGUAGCUACUUUUUAAUAGAGACUGACUAGGUUUACAACUUCUGGUAGCUACUCUGUGGGCUGAAUUCUUCCAAAACUGAGAAAAGCCAGUGCAGUCUGAUUUCUUUUGCUUUUGUCACUAAUGGAAUCUUUUGUUUUUAAAAUGUACAAACCUAUAAGUCUAAACAGGUUUGUACUGACAAUCUCCUUGGCUUAUCUGGGGGUGGAGCAAUUGUUUUAUUCCCCAGUUUCAGUGUGUUGCCCACUUCAAACAUGGCGUGUCCUUUGGAGCUGUGACAGAGGUGCCUGUUCUGACUUAGAACCUCUGGAGGAGGAGGGGGGUGUCUUGGUCUCGUGUUACUUUGCUGUGCCUGUGCUGAGAGACCAUGUGCCCAAGCAUCUGGUUGACCGGCAGGAAGUACAUCAGCCUGUCUUAGCCUGAGCUGCUUUGAAGACCAUGGGGUCUUGUGUUUCCAACUUUGAAGUGCUGAUGUGGACAAUUUGCCAGUGUUCUCUUUUGCAAGUUCAGCCAGACUCCAUGACUCAUCUGAUCCCUUUUAUGGCCAAAUCAUCCUUCAGAGUAGGGAACACUCAGACAUUCUGUGCGUGUUGUUCCCCCAAAGCAUGGUCAUCACAAAGUCCUGAGUUCUGGUGUGUGCCCCCGCCUCCUGGGUAUACAGAGAGAAAGCAGGAAUCAGGAGUUCCAGAAGCAUAUAAAUGUGGCUACCCCAGCAACAAGUGCAUCCUGUGCUCAGAUAAGGUGCAUGGUUGGGAGUGUUUUUUCUCGCACACUGAGGCUUAGCAGUGGAGAUGGGCACCACUGCCAUUUGCUCAGAAGAAGGCUGGUCUUGUCCUAACUGCAUCCCACACUGCCCAGAUCACUCUAGAACAGGUUAUUUCUGAAUGUUUUACAGAAUUUCUUAAUUACCAUCCUGGUUUGGUCAGCCAUUUCUUUGAUUGGAAAGGUCAGCUGGGGCCAGUGGUGCCUCAGGCAGGCCCACACAACUGGCCACCUCUUCCCGUUAAUGACCACAGCAGACAGAACUUGAGCCCAGCACCUAAAAGUACAGGAAUUUCACUUCCCACCAGGACUCGAGCACAUAACUCUGUGUCUGAUCUAGGAGGCUGGGGGAAGAGCCUCCCAUAAAAUCACACCUACUCUGUGGUAAGAAUAAAAUCCCACCCACCUGGGACUUGGUAAUUUCUCCAGACAGGAAAGCUUUAGAAAACUUGAGUGAAAUGGAGCAAGCCUAAAAGAGUUAGAAUCUUCUGUGCUUAGGGUUUGCUGCUGCUGGUGAGCAUAGAAUUUUGGGGUUGGGAAAAAGUGGAAGGCAUAAGCAUAGAAAUAUUUUAGGAUAUUUUAGGAUAUGUGAAUAAAGCUAGACUCAAACCAUCAUAAUAAACUUUUUUUUUGGACAAAAGAUGAUACUAACAAUAAAAACCAACUUGUGUGAAACUGAGUCAGUGAAGAAGUGCAUCUCGUAUUGUAACCUAAGACUUCAGCUCCCACACACGACUGGACAGAGGGGUGUGUUAGCCUGAUCUUCAGUUUUCUCAUUGGGAAAGCACUUGUUCCACUGUUAGAACCAAGUCCUCCUCCCCAGACACUUCUGAUGCCCACUGCAGAAGCUCCGGGGCUCCUGCUUUCAGCUUCUGUCACAGCACUUAGCUUGUCUGGAUAAGAGUCACCUGAAUUUUUCCUAAACAUCAUUCCAAGUACUCUGAUUUUGAAGAUUGGCAAGAACAAACUAAAUCAGAAUUCGGAGUUCCUGAUGGCUCCACAUGUUGCAUUGCAGCUGAGGCUCCCAGUCCUAAAUGGGCUCAACUGGCCUAGCACACUCCUCUUGGUGGCUUUAGGUGGGUCAGCCUUGCCCAAUUUGGGGUCAUAGACCUCAGUUAUUCAUUUAACCAAUGGCCAUUGAGGGCUUACCCGGUGCCACACUUUGAGACAAGCAUGGGUGUCCUGAAAAGAAAGUGUUGGCAAGAAAACAUGAACCCACUAUUGGACUCUCAACUCAAACCUUACUGAAGUCAGUGGCUAUAGCUUUAUCUGCAAAGGACCCCAGAGUGAGGAUCCCACAUUGUUACUACUGGCUCUUCAUCCCAUCUUCUGGAGAUGCUAAGGAAACUCUUCCCCACCUUUUCUAGUGAUGGAGUAGGAACUUUGCAUAGGACAAACCUUCACAAUAGGUUACUCUAGUAUAUUCCCUCAUAAAGUCCAAUAGGUAAAUUAGUCUUGGCAGCAGAAGGAACAGCAGGAGAAGUAAGUGAUUCAUCAUCUAGAAUCCAGAAAAUUUGCACCAACAGAUGGCAGGUGGUUAUAACACAACAGUUCUUGCCCUGAGAGUAUUGGGGACCCAGCCAACAGCCUUCAAGCCAGGGCACUCCUGCGGAAGAGAUGGCUUGUGAACAUGGCCGUGGACCCAGAGUCACCCCAGAGCUCCCAUAUAAAAUGCUUCACAGACAGAGAAAGUAAGAGCAGCCUUCGGGCAUUCAUUCCAAUUAACAACCUUAAAAGACUAGAGCCAGAUCCACCCGCAUUACAAAAGCAGGCAUUCGAGGAACUAAACUUUGCUUUUGUUCAUGCUCUUACCUGCUGUUUUAAAUGGGUUUCUAAUGUCAAAUAAAGCCACCCUGCCUCUUGGGACAAA